CACCCAUCCCUAUCUACCUUUGACCAUGUUGCGGUUCUAAACUUGGUCCCAGCAUGCUACGCAAAUUAUGUGCAACUCUCUGCUGUGCCCGAGCCAACAGUGUCGAUGAUGUUCGCCAUGCGCACAUCCAUUCCGUUCUCACAGCCAGCCGCGAUGAGGUUCAACCUGAGGCUGAGAAAAGCAGCACAGCAGGCUUAUCCCCUCUAACCUCCAUUGAGAAGGAAAAAGAUGAGGACGAGGCUCACCAUGCUCAAAUCCAUCACGUUCACUCGCCCGGCCGCAAUGAGGUUGAGCUUGGUGUCAAGACAAACAGCACGACGAAGUUGUCCCCUUCAACCUCCAGCGACACAAAGUUAAAGGACCUCUGGAAGGAAGCCUUCAAUAAGCUAGAUCCGGAAAGCAGACGCUGGCUAUCAACGGGCGAUCCGUUAUCCACUACAGACGCGAUCGACCAGGUAAUCAAGGAGACCAAGGAGAAGUAUACCGAAUACAAGAAUAAGGAACUCGCGAUCAGAAAACGAGACGGAGGGCAGAUGAAGGUCCGUGAGAUUGCUGGAAACAUGCUUACCUGGGCUUUGCGAGCCCAGGAUGCUGUAAAGGCGGUGGUUGCCUUUGACCCAAGUGGCCAUGCAUCGAGUGCCUGGACGGUGGUCUCACUGGGCUUGACGAUGAUUAACAACGAUAUUGAACGCCGAGAUGCCAUUUUUCAAGCUUCAGAGUAUCUUGCGGGCAAGCUUGCGUACUUUUCUAUUAUGGACACUGAGUACAGAUACCAGGGGAUCAAGGACUUCAAAGGGUUGGAAGACGCCUUGGUAGGUGCUUACACGGCAAUCCUGGAAUAUUCAGCGGAGGUAAAGAAAAGGUACCACGAAAGCACUGCAGCGCGGAUAGGAAACGCGUUGAUAUCCCUUACAGAGCAGCCACUGCAGCAGCUCAAAGAAUCUGUGGAAUCUUGGUGCGCAGAAGUUGUGCGAUGGGCUGACCUCACUGAUCACUCGCACAAGGAGGCGCAGGCUAGGUCUAUUCUCAUCGCGAUCGAUAACGUGACAGAGGAAUCGCGGAAGAGUCAAGCGAUGAUAUUUGACGCCGAGGAGGAACGAAUUCUCGAUUGGUUAUCUGCAGUAUCAUAUUCCGACAUUCACAACAGUGCACAGAAAUGCCGAACGUCCAAAACGGGAGACUGGUUUAUUGAAUCAGAAAUCUACCAUCGUUGGAAGAAUUCGUCCGGGAAGAUGCUUUGGCUUCAUGGCGUCGCUGGUUGCGGCAAGACGGUUCUUUGCUCAACUAUCAUCGAGGAUAUUGCUCGGAUUUGCUGGGAUGAUCAGGCCAAGCGAUAUGCUUACUGGUAUUUUAAAUUCGACAACUUUGAAACACACAAGGUGGAGCAUAUGGUCAGGUCAGCUAUCCGACAACUAUGUCCAAUUCCACUUCCCGAGGUCAUAAGGAAGGCAUGGAAGACCCAUAGCAGGAAGGGAAGCCAGCCUAACUUGCAAGAUCUUCUAGAGAUUCUCCACAAGGUCCUGGCUGGUCUCGACGGUGAAGCGUUCAUAAUUUUGGAUGCGAUGGAUGAAUGUCCAGAGUCACCCGAUCACAGCGAAAGGAGCUCUUUGUUAUCACUUCUCAUCCAUCUUCUGGAGCAGCAUACCAAUGUUCAUAUCCUUGCAACUGGUCGUCCUGAAGCGGAUAUCAGAACGCGGCUGGAUGGACACAUGGCAUUGGAUUUAGAGAAAAAGCUCGAACCCGACGUUGAAAGAUUUGUCCGACUCAGAGUAAGAAAUGGAAAUCUAGCAGGCUUCGGGGAAAAGAUCACUACAAUGAUUAUCCAUGAGUUGCUGCAGAUCUCCGAACGACGCUUCCGAUGGGCAGAUCUGCAGCUGAAACGUUUGGAAGACUGUAAUACACACGCCCAGAUUGAGGAAACCCUAAAGACCAUACCGCCGACACUGGAAAGCACGUACCGUGACGUGCUUGACAGGAUAAAGCCCAAGGAUCAAGACAUAGCCCGCUCCAUUCUCAUCUGGCUCAGCUUCUCUGUUAGACCGCUCACCAUGAGGGAAGCCGCCUCAGCGGUGGGGCUUCUAGCCCCUGAUCGUGUCGUCGACAUCUGCACAACUUCUUUCGUCACAGUCGGCAAGCCAGACAGUUCAGGUGAAUCAGACGGCGUUGAGGAAUAUAUCCGGCUGGCUCAUUUCUCGGUAAAGGAAUUCCUUGUCCCUCAAGGUACCGCAUGUGCAAAGCAUUGGUGCCAGUUCUCUCCAUCCGCCGGCCAUCUACUCAUAGCCGAGCAAACCCUUUCUAGACUUCUGGACCAAACGGAACGAGUGACUGGAGCUACAGCCGUUGAACAGCCACUUCUAGCCUAUGCCGCCGAGUCUUGGCCAGAGCACGUCCAAGAGCUAACGUCUAUGGCUCACGAAUACACCGGCCUGAAGGGAAAGAUUGAUCAACUCUUCUGCCAUUCUACGGUCUAUCACAACUGGCAAUGCCUCUUGGGGCUCGAUGAUGAUGAAAGUCUUCCGCCCAUCGGUGCAGCUUCCAAGUUCGGAUUUCAACAUGCGGUCGAGGCAUUGCUUGCCCAGGGCGCGGAUCCUCUGGAGAAGAUUGCGCGGUCUUAUUACUUCACUUACCCAUUCUUGGUAGCUGCCGAGGAAGCCCAGUUAGAUAUCUUGGACUGCCUAUUACAAAACGUCUCAGUCACUGCCAACAUGGCCGAGCGAAUAUUGGGGGUAGUUAAGCAUGAAGGUUCAGGCGUCGGGAGUCUAGAGCGAGUCAUGGAUAGACUUCUGGAUGCGAAGGCCAUGUUUGAUGAAUCUGCGGAGCAAGACAAUAUAAUUGACGAGCGAAUGGUUAUGGCUGCAGCAGAAAAUCAGGCUUCGGGUUUGGAGCUGAUGACAAUUUUCCUGGGCCGAUUUGAGAAAGAAAGAAGGGUCAGUGUUCCCAUCACGGAUGACAUUGUAGUCUGUGUGAUCAAGAAUUGGCAUGCCGGAAGGGAUAUGCUAGCAUUGCUGUUUAACAAGCGCAACGCAGAUGUGAGGGUUACCUCGGAGAUUGUUGACGCUCUGACGCAUCCGUUGCACGCACGCGUCGAAGUCCUUGAGCUCUUUGUCAGGGAGCGGGCUGCCGAUUUUCUUGUUGAUGAAGUUUCCAUGGAAGGGCUUGCAGCAAAAGGGAGCCAGAAAUCGAUGGAGCUCGUCAUGGAGGCCCAUGCAGAAGAUAUACGAAUUACCGAGGAUCUCGUAGUAGCUGCCGCCUCAAAUUGGUAUGGCGCAGGUGCCUUGCGCGCUCUGCUCGCUAAGCGACCGCCUGGCUUCGCCAUCACUGAGCAGAUGCUCGAUACGGCACUGAAGAAUCUCCAUGCGGGACUAGAAGUCAUGGAAGCCCUGCUCGACGCAUGUGGGCCGGACUUUCCCGUGGGCGAGAAUAUCAUGCAAGAAGCGGUAUCCACCACUUGGGGAUAUGGCUUAGAUAUAGUCAAGCUAUUCUUGCGCCGACAGCAGGCUGGAUUCGUGAUCUCCGAGGCGGUGUUAGCACGGGCGGCGGGAAACACUGUGCCUACAAUUGGUCGGCAGAUGCUGGAGCUCCUUAUAAAUAAUGGAGGCUCGGGCAUUACAAUUACGGAGGACGUAUUGUUGGAAGCAGCAGCAAAUGGGAACUCGCCGGCGAUGGCAUAUCUAUUGGAGCUUGAGGGCCAGACCAAGGAACGGCUGCUUCCGAUCACUGAAGAGGUGUUCAGCAAUGUGGUUCGACGGCACGAUGCCGAAUGCCUGGAGACUGUCCUGCGCAGACGCCCGGAAAUUCGGGUGCCGGAGGAGGCAUUCGUUUCCGCCUGUCACAGUCAAAAGAAACUGUCCCUGCUCCUGGAACAACCCUACGAUAUCUUACCCAUCAAGGAUAUGCUGGAAGCAAUAGCUUCGAAUCAAGACAUAGAUGGCGAGCCACUCACGCUUCUCCUGGAUCGGCAGCUAGUCGAGGUGGAUGAGCAACUGGUGGAAACGGUAGCCCGGAACUCAUUCGCGUUAAAGAUUCUUUACUCCAGGAAUCCGAAUUUCCCCAUAACGCAGCAAGCCAUGGUUCGGGCAGCAGAAGACCCCGCCGCUCGGCGGUUUUUACUUGAUACCCGCAUCGACGAUGUUCGAAUCUCCGAAGAAUUGAUGAUCCCUCUUCUUACAGGAGAUGACCCGCUGCCCGAUGUGCAAAGAAUCCUGGCCCAUUUUGGCCCCAAGGUACCAAUUACAGAGAACGUGUUGGCCGCUGCGGCCAGGGCUGGUCACUAUUAUGGCCUCUCGAUCUUUCAAUUGCUUCUGCCAGAAUGGAACCCAGCGAUCUCAAUUUCGGAGAAGGUAUUAACCAUUGCCGCUUUUUGGAGCUUCCCGGCCUUCCAGUGGUUGCUUCUGGAGAGGGGAUGCGCGGAGCAGUUGACAGAUGAAGUGCUGGUCGCUGCCGCAGGAAACGGAUACAACGAGCUCCAAUGGCUCAUCCGGGAACAACUCAUCAACCUGCAACAGACCUGGAAAGCAAUCUGGCGCUUUGACCAUGACUAUGGUUUCCGUCUUGGCGAGUUAAGGAAGGAUGCUGCGGAGAACAUCCUGUCCUAUACGUUGGCUGUUGAUAUGUCGGAGAAUAUGUUUGAGGGGGCCUCAAUAGUACGUGACAAGGACGGGACCUGUGCUUUCGACGGUCUAGUCCGUAUUUUACUGACAUGCGGAUUCGUUAAUCUCGCGUCCGAAAGAUUGAUGGAGAUGGUCUUGGAACGAGCGUCCAAGGAAGUUGUAAAUGAAUUUUUGGAAAAAGCAUCGGAAAUAUCGGUCACAGAGACGCAUAUUCAGGCCCUAGGAAGGAAUCCGAUGCUAAGCGAAAAGCAGAGAGAGGAGCUGACGCCGCUCCUUGCUGGUAGAAUGCACGUGGAGUAGGAUAUCAUAAACACUGUUUGUUGCGGGUGAUCUCUUCUGUUUCAUAACGUCUGUAGCUACAAUAAUACUAAAGACCAUGCC